AGGGUUUUCUUAUUCAAUCACACGCUUCUCUUGACGGCGGCGACAAGAAUUUUCCCCCAAAAUGCGAUCGCAUCCAUCAGAUUCAUCACCGGCUGGAACCGAAGAAAGAGAGUCUUGUCUUUAGACACAAAAAAAAUGGCUAACCCCAACGAGUGGUCUCAGUUCUACAACAAUAACCAAACCUUCUUCACAACUUCCACCACCGCUUCAACCGCUGUCACAACCACCACUGCCGGCGAUACCACCUCCAUAGACUCUCGUCUGAGUCCAGAAACUGGCCGUGUAACCAAGCCAACACGUAGAAGAUCCAGAGCCUCACGUAGAACACCAACAACGCUUCUCAACACCGACACUUCCAACUUCCGUGCCAUGGUUCAGCAAUACACUGGCGGUCCAUCCGCUAUGGCUUUCGGGUCCGGUAGUACUACCUCUGGUUUUAGUCUCACCUCUUCGUCGGAUCCAUCAGCUGGAUCUUCUCAACAAGCUCCUUGGCAAUAUAAUUUCCAGCCUCACGCGCCGCUGCAGCCACCGCAACGGCCUUACAUGUUUUCUUUGAACAACGUGAAUCCCGUGGUUGGAUAUAGUAACAUGAACAACCCUAAUAUGGUGGUUUCCGGUGUGUUUGGGACGGUGGAUGGUUCGGGUGGAGGAGGUUCUGCACCGUCGUCUAAGGAGGCUACGAAUAGUAAUACUUCUUCUUCGAGGUUCCAAUGAGAAAACGAUUGGAUUCUUUUUGAAUUUGUUUUUUGGUUUUCGCAUAAAGGCAGAAAUGUUAGGUACUGACUUUCUUUGUCAUAGAAUGAAAACUUUGACUUUUG